CAACUCCAACCCGGGGCUAACGGCUCUCGCAUAGUUGAUCCGAGGUAUCCAGAUCUUCUAUUCCGGCCCGAUUCGCGCCUGGUUUCUCAAAAACACAUGAUGUUGGAGGUUCAGAAUAUCUACGCUAGAUUAACUAUGGUGGAGAAUCAAUGUAUCACCGUUGAAGGACAAACUACAAAACCGUCUGGAAUUCAACCCCCCUUUAGUUGGCAGUGGCUUACUGCUCUGCAUAUUACAUUAUUACACGAGCAUUGCGACUUCUUCCUGGCUCUACAAUAUCCAUCGCUGCCUCCUACGUUUCAUGGACUAGCUAUUCGAUACGACAUGCCGGCCCGCUUGUGGAGACAUGGGGUCGGUUCCUUUCUGAAGCUAUUACGCCGUUGCCACCCUGAAAGCAACGAAUACAUGAUUUCUUUCGUUUACAGAGCUCUCCAGAUACUAACGUGGCUCUACGAAGCGGUUCCAGCGUUUCAAGACAGCUGGAUGGAGUACCUUGGGGAUCUAGCCCAGUAUCCCAUGACAUUCACGCAGGACCGUGAACCUUGGCUACGCGUUGCCCGCUACUGGUACUGCAAGGCUGCCAACAUGAACCCAUCAAUUGGGCAUUUAUAUCACCAUCUUGGUGUAAUCGCUCGCCCUAACGCCCUCCAAGAGCUAUAUUACUUCGCCAGAUCACUGACUUGCGUUGAGCGCUUUAAGUUAGCUCGUGACAGCAUCCUGAAGCUACUGGACGACCCAAUCGAGGGGCUUCCUUCGAACUCAUUCUCGCAUGUACCACCCAUUCAUCGCAGCUACAUCCAAGCCCAUGGCGUUCUUUUGAAGAAACUUUCGCCGCAGACUUUCGAGGAUGCCAAGUUCGCAUUUCAGAACCAGCUCGAUAGCUACAUUGGCCGCGUCACUACCACAUGGAAGGAAGAGGGUGUGUACAUUGCCGUUACCAAUAUCUCCGGGUUGUUCAAUUACGGUGCCGACGACUCAAUCCUCCGUUUAGCACUCCAGCUCCACGAAAAAGGUUCGCGAACAGGAUCCAGUGAUUCAAUUAGAUCUUCAACUCCAGCUCCCAGUCCUUCAAGUCCCUCUAUCACGAGGGCGGAAGUUCCAGCCAAGCUGGAGACCCUAUUAGGCAAUUUCGCAGUCUCUCGAGCGUAUGACCUGACAAUGACGACGCUGUCUCUCGUCCUUCAACGCAAAGGCGACAAGAACGUUCUCCCCCAUGUCUACAUUCUACUUGGAUUCUUUGCCAAUAUUGCGCCUGUUGAAUACGUUAACCAACUCAAUAAUGGCGCUCCUUGGUCAGAGAUUGCCAGCUUCCUGAAUGCGUUGUUGUUAGAACGACCAGACCAGUUCGUUCCUGGACCCGUUUUCGGGGCAGACAAAGAGGACAACCAGCCAUUGCCAGAGGACUACCAGAUUCGUGGGCAAAUCUGGAGCCAAUCAUACUUUCCUGAUAGCUGGUUUUCGAGAGAGCGUGACGAGGAAGACUAUUAUCUAGAGCUUCCGUCCACAACCAAUUCUCGGACUAAACGCAUCUUUCGGCUUGGUUACUAUCUUUCUACAUUCAAUUGCUGGAUGGUCUAUAACCAGGCAUGGCAUACUUUUUCUGCUAUCAAUCCUUGAAAUCAACCUAAGGCGCAUAGAAAUCAAAAUGGAGAUGUGAACGUUUCGAGAACAAAAAAACUUCAGGCGAUUGGGACGUAUUAGGACAGG